GAGACCAGGGACAGUUGUAACAGGGGACGGUUGUAACACCUUGAAUUCCUCCAAUCAGAAACAACCUAGAGUGAUGACACUCACUGUGCACAUGCUCAGUUAGUUUCCCUCCAUUUUUGCCAUAAAGGGAGCCACAUUUGAAUCUUCCUGACGGAGUUAUCUACAAAAGAUUGUUUCUGAGGUAAAAAAAGUUACUUUUCUUUCUGAUGUACUUUUUUGGAUGCUUUUAUAGGAUCAAAUGUCUAUGAAUUCAAACAAGUAUUAUUAGAAUCACUGUUUUGUAAGCUAAAAAUAGAAAUGGCUAACAAGUGUCAAACUAGCAGUCAAGCUAGCUCACAUGAGAUGAAAACAUGGUUGGUGGUACUGGGACAGUUGUAACGCCCCGUUACAACUGUCCCAGUAUCACCAACCAAGUUUCAUUUAUAUUUUAAAAACUAAUCAAGCUAAAAAAAAACUGCAUAGUUUCCCUUCAAUGUGCAAAUUAAAAGUAAAAUGUACAAUGUGCAUUGCAAAUUAAAUGUAAAAUAUCAUCAAAUCACAUUUUAAGGUAAUUAUCUUUUUUUAUAUAAAGAUAGUCAGUGUGAUAGACAGCAUGCCAAAUAUCAGAAAGAGGAAGACAGACAGGGGAGUCCCAUUUCGUGUGCUGGAAAGGGCUUCCGAUGAAAUCAGACAGGGAAAGUCAGUAAAGGGAGUGGCCAAAUCAUAUGGCAUUUGCCAUGUGACCCUGCACCGAUUCCACAAGAAGAGGAGCCAGGGAUCAAAGACGCUUUCCAGAGUUGGAUACUGGACUCCAAAAAGGGUUUUCACACUAGAGCAGGAGCUCCUCUUAAGAGACUACUUAAUGCAGGCAGCUGAUUUGUAUUAUGGAUUGAGCCCAAAGGAGGUAGGCUAGAUAUGUAUUAAGCUAGAGUAGGCUAUGGUAUGUAGGCCUACAUAUAUUGUUAUGUAUUAAACUAAUUAACAAUUUAUAUAAUUUAGGUCCGGAAGUUUGCCUAUGAUUUGGCAAAGACCUAGAGUUGCAGGUACCCUGAAACAUGGGCAGAGAACAGGAUGGCUGGAGCCGACUAGUUCACAACAUUUUUGAAGAGGCACCCCACUCUCUCCAUAAGAAGCCCUCAGGCUACAAGCCUCUCACGGGCUACAAGUUUCAAUGAGACAAACGUCAAUAUGUUUUUUGACAACUUGUUUUCUGUCCUGGACAAACACAGAUUUGCUGCACAGGAUAUCUGGAACAUGGAUGAAACAGGAAUCACCACAGUGCAAAAUCCUGAAAAAAUUGUGGCUAGAAAGGGAGUCAAGCAAGUAGGUGCAGUCACCUCUGCAGAACGGGGGACACUAAUUACACUUGCCUGUGCAGUGAACGCCUUGGGGAAUUCCAUCCCACCAAUGUUCAUCUUCCCCCGGAAAAAAAUCCACCCUUCCUUUACCAGCAAUGGCCCUCCUGGCUGUAUCGGCACAGCAAAUGGGUCUGGGUGGAUGCAAGGGGAGAACUUUUUGGUCUUCCUCAAGCACUUCCAGACUCACACCAAGUCCUCACUGGAGUCAAAAGUGCUGCUAAUUCUGGACAACCAUACCUCCCACCUUUCUGUGGAUGGGAUUGAUUUUUGCAAGAGCCAUGGCAUCGUCCUCCUCUCAUUCUCCCCACACUGUUCCCAUAAGCUGCAGCCCUUGGAUCGCAGUGUAUAUGGGCCACUGAAGAGGCUGGUAUACAACUGCCGUGACAGCUGGAUGAAAGCUCAUCCAGGAGCCACAAUGACCAUUUAUGAUCUGCCAGGCAUUGUGAAGAGUGCCCUUCCCCGUGCUGCAUCACCGGCAAUUAUUCAGGCAGGAUUUGCAUGCACUGGAAUUUGGCCUUUUAAUAGGAAUAUUUUCACUGAAAGUAACUUUGCACCAUCCCUAGUCACAGACCUCCCAGUGCCAGCAGUCACACCAGAGGUUCCAUCUUCCUCUACAUCUCCAUCACCCAAUGUUGCAACGGUGGCAUCCUCCAUGCCACUUAGAGCAUCAUCCCCUGUCACACCAUGUGUGGUGUCAAAGCCUGAGCCUGAGCCAUCAUCCUUUGCUAUGGACACAAUUUUUUCAGCUCUGUCCAUCCGUCCACACCCAAAAGCUGGCCCAAGAAAGCAGACGACAAAGAGCAGGAAAAGAAGGGAAACCGCGGUCCUUACAGAUACUCCCGUGAAAAAACAACUUGAGGCCGAGAAAAGCAGGUCUGCAGCUAAAAGAAAAAUGAAUUUCAGCAACAACAAAAAAUCCAAACCAAAGAAGCAGAAAACUCAGGACUCAUCUGAUGAUGAAAAUGAAUUCUGCAUUGUGUGCUUGGAAAGCUUCUCCAGGUCAAGGGUGGUCUGGCUCCAGUGCUGGUCCUGUAAAGCCUGGGCACACAAAGACUGA